AUGACGGCUCCGGACGCCAAAAUCGAGUCUUGGUCCUAUCCAGACUGGCGCGACGCGCCGGUAGAACUCAUGGCGGCCGUGUCCAAACACCUGACUUCAAUCCACGACUUCCUCGCCUCCGCGGGCGAGGGGGAAGAAACGGCAAAAGAGGGGAACACUGACGGUGGUUCCAAGAAAGUUUUUGUUAGUUUGUUUGAUCUCUCUUCCCAGAAGGCCCGCAUCUUGAACAAUGUCAGCCCGAAGGAUGGAAAAGGUUACCUUUCUAGUCGAGGAUGGAUACUCUGCCUUUCCGAUGGCGACGACUGUGUCUAUUUGACCCACCCCGUGUGGCAUAUCAAAAUUGAACUUCCGGGUUUGGGUACUCUUCCUGGAUACACUCUAAAAGAGGGUAUUGGCUGUAUCAAGAAAAUGGUUUUGUCUGGAAGCCCCACAAGAAAGACUGAUCUUGUGGUGAUGGUGAUUUGGGGUUGGGGCAAGCAUAAGCGGCUGGGCUUCUCGAGGCCGGGGGACUUGUCUUGGACUGCAAUGGGUACGUGGAGGGACUCGUUCUGUGAUAUUCUUUACCACAAUCAGAGGUUAUAUGCGGUGGAUCUUAGCAAGAGUAUUGUAGAAUGUGAUAUCCAUGGGCCGAACCCGACCCAAAUAUUGCAGGUUUUCUGUCUGCCUAGCAAUGUUGAGACCAAUGGGGAUGAUUUUUUAUUCAUAGCACAACAUGCGGGUGAUAAUAAUGAUUUUGAUAAUAGUUUUCCUAGAAAACUCAUGCUUUAUUUGGUGGAGUCAUUCGGGAAAUUUCUGAUUGAGAGUCGCUGCAUUGUGAAAAACCGAACUUUCAGAUUUCAAAUUCUUGAAGUUGACUUGAAGGAUGGUAGUCAUAAGAAUAUCAAGGGCCUGAGGAAAACGGCUAUCUUCUUGGGUUUGAAUUCUUCCCUCUGCCUAGAGCUCCCGGAGUUGGGUGUGGUAAAGCCUAAUUCUAUAUACUUCACGGACGAUCAAUCUGGAAAGGGUAAAGGUCUGGAUAUGGGUGUUUGGCAGUUAAUGGGUGGUGUACCAAUGGGUUUAGAUCAUGGGUGUUCGGGUGCUUUUCUUGCUCCACCAUUGUGGGUUGUGCCUAGCAUUUGA